GAAGACAGAAAACUACAUCAAUUAUUGUGACGUGGUUGAAAAUUUCGUCGGUGUACAGUGAGCGUUGCAUUAGUUUUGCGUCCCGUAUCUUAAAAUUGUGCUAAAUUCGUACCGAAAUCCAACACGGCACGGUGCAAAACUGUGGUAUUGUGAGGGCGCAAACACUGACGCACAGCGGAACCCGGUCCCCGGCCAGCAGGAUGAGCUCGUUUAAGCGAGAUAACAAGGAGGAAGAUGACGGUGGUAAUCCAUGGCAAAACCUCGAGAAAACGUCGGUGCUGCAGGAGACGCGAAUGUUCAACGAGACACCGGUGAACGCACGGAAAUGUACACACAUUCUCACCAAGAUCCUGUACCUGCUCAAUCAGGGCGAGGUUCUGGGCACCCGGGAAGCGACGGAGUGUUUCUUCGCGAUGACGAAACUGUUCCAGUCGAAGGAUGUGGUGAUGCGGCGCAUGGUUUAUCUCGGCAUCAAGGAGCUCAGCCCGAUUGCGGACGAUGUUAUCAUUGUGACGAGCUCGCUGACGAAGGACAUGACCGGCAAGGAGGAUUUGUAUCGGGCCCCAGCCAUCCGGGCACUGUGCAGCAUCACGGACAGCACGAUGCUGCAGGCGGUGGAACGCUACAUGAAGCAGUGCAUCGUCGAUCGGAACGCACCGGUGUCGAGUGGUGCGCUCGUGAGCUCGCUGCAUCUGGCCAGCACAGCCGGUGAGGUGGUAAAGCGCUGGGCGAACGAGGCACAGGAAGCACUGAACAGUGACAACAUAAUGGUGCAGUACCACGGGCUCGGAUUGCUGUACCACAUCCGGAAGGCCGAUCGGCUGGCGGUGACAAAGCUCGUGAACAAGCUGACCCGCCAGCACAUGAGAAGCCCGUACGCGACCUGCUUCCUAAUUCGUAUCGCGUGCAAAAUCAUGGAGGAGGAAGAUGCGAGCGGCACGGCGACGGAGGAUUCGCCGUUGUUUAACUUCGUCGAGUGCUGUUUGCGCAACAAGUCGGAAAUGGUGGUGUACGAGGCGGCCCACGCCGUCGUCAAUCUGAAGCGCACGAAUCCACGCGAACUGUCGACGGCGGUUAGCAUUCUGCAGCUGUUCUGUGGCUCAUCGAAGGCGACGUUACGCUUUGCGGCCGUGCGUACGAUGAACAAGGUGGCGAUGUUGCAUCCCCCGGCGGUCAAUGUGUGCAAUCUCGAUCUGGAAGGGCUGAUUGCGGAUUCGAACCGUUCGGUGGCUACGUUGGCCAUUACGACGCUGCUCAAGACGGGCGCCGAAAGUUCGGUGGAACGGUUGAUGAAGCAGAUCGCAACGUUUGUGGCGGAAAUAUCGGACGAAUUCAAGCUGGUGGUUGUGCAGGCGAUUCGCUCGCUGUGCACCAAGUUCCCGCGCAAGCACGCGGUCACGAUGAACUUUCUGAGCGGGAUGCUGCGGGAGGAAGGUGGGUUGGAGUACAAAACGUCCAUCGUCGACACAAUCAUCCUGAUCAUCGAGGAGAAUCCGGACGCGAAGGAGGCCGGUCUCGGGCAUCUGUGCGAGUUUAUUGAGGAUUGCGAACACACCUCGCUGGCGGUACGGAUUCUGCAUCUGCUCGGCAAGGAAGGCCCAUACUCAAAGUGCCCAUCGCGCUACAUUCGCUUCAUCUACAACCGCGUCAUACUGGAGAAUGCGACCGUACGGGCGGCGGCCGUAGCAGCGAUCGCCCAGUUCGGUGCCUGCUGUCCGGAUCUGUUGCCGAACGUGCUGGUGCUGCUGAACCGCUGCCAGAUGGACUGUGACGAUGAGGUGCGGGAUCGGGCCACCUACUACUACACCAUCCUGAACCAAUCGAACCCGGACCUGAACAAGCGAUUCAUUGCGGACCACGAGAUCGUGUCGCUGCCGCUGUUGGAAAAAUCGCUAAACGACCAUCUGAAGGGUCCGCUGACGGAGCGGUUCGAUCUGACGAUCGUGCCGAAAUCGCAGGUCGUCCAGCCGGAAGUGAACGAGGAGGUGAUGAUCAUGAACAAAGCGGCACCAAAAAUUGCGCGCGUCAAUCGCGAGGAGGUUAACACGGAGAAGCUGCUUGCCAUACCGGGCAUCCAUCAUGUGGGCGCACUGCACAAAUCCUGCGCCCCGGUGCAGCUGACCGAGAGCGAAACCGAGUACACGGUUUCUUGCAUCAAGCACUGCUUCGCGCAUCACAUUGUGUUCCAGUUCGACUGUGUUAACACGCUAUCGGAUCAGCUGCUGGAGAAUGUGCGCGUCGAUCUGGAGCUUCCGGAAGGGUUCGUGUCGCGUGCCGUCAUUCCCUGUGCGAAGCUACCGUACGGCGAUAAGGAAUCUACCUACGUUAUCGUGCAAUUCCCGGAGGAUGUCCCCAGCUCGAUUGCCACCCUGGGUGCUACGUUACGCUUCCUGGUAAAGGACUGCGAUCCAUCCACCGGCCAGCCCGACUCGGACGAGGGCUACAACGACGAGUACAUCCUGGAGGAUAUCGAAAUCACCGUCGCGGAUCAGAUGCAAAAGUCAAAGAAACAAAACUUCCUCGCCGCGUGGGAAAGUGCCGACACGGAAGAAUGGGUUGAAGCGGAGGACACGUUCGAGCUGUCGUCGGUGAACAGUUUGCAGGAUGCCGUCAACACGAUCCUUAAAUUCCUUGGCCUAGCACCCGCCAAUCUGUCCGAGAACGUGCCGGACGGAGCCCACACGCACACGUUACUGUGUUCCGGAACGUUCCGCGGUGGCGUGGAGGUGUUUGUCCGUUCAAAGCUGGCCGUGGCCGACGGCGUCACAAUGCAGCUGACAGUACGAUCGACGGACAUGGAUGUGGCGGAAUUGAUUACGUCUGCGGUAGGCUAAGCACACGGCUGCAACACCGGAACCGAACAGCAGGCCGGACGAAUAGCGAUCCGCCUCCCCUUCAGGUUGGUUGGUCUUCGGGUUUUGUGUUCGCACACCCCUGCCGUGUGCCGACUGGCUGGGCUGGUUCGUUGUAUGCUAUUUUUGUUUCAUUCCGUGCACUAUAUACAAGCAUGAGCCUCUCCACCGCGUGUGUGUGUUCGUUCGUGCAGCCUCCGGCAGAUGUUUCCUUUCCGGUGCUACUGCUGCUGCGUGUGAGAAGACGCAAAAAAGUGGAAUAUAUAUGUUUUAACGUUACGUUACUAUUAGUGAAAAAGGGACGAUGAAAGGGGGAGUUGUUAACGGGCGAGUUCGGUGGUCACUACCCGCAGUACACUUUUAGUUUCAUCAAAAGUGUUUAACAUAUAUUUUUACAAAAGUUGGUUUUUUUCUUUGCUUCGCUUUCCACAAACACCGUUCAAACACCAAACUUGAGAACACACGAAGGAAAACAUUAUUGAGAGCAAAUUGUGCUUUUUGUCUUCACUAUCUCAUCCGUCAUCUGCUAGAAGCCUCGAUAUGUACUUUCCCUCUUCCCAAUCGACACGUGUAUGUGAAUAUGUAUUAACUAGUAAUAAUAUGAGUACCACGGAAACAAUAAAAAGAAACACGGUUACUUUUGUUUUCUUUACCAA